UAUCUGUGAUAGUAGUCUGUAUUGUUGGUGGUGUAGUUUUAGUGUCUGUAAUUGUUGUUAUAGUCGUAUGUUUUCGGAAACGCAGAAAGCAGAAACCCCAGAACGACCAGAACGUAUUGGAUCAGAAUAUUAGAAAUAGUGAUAGAAAUAUUUACCUUACCACGAUACCUGAUAGACCCAGUCAAAUUCAACAUCAGAAUACAACCGACACCUUAUCAAAUACAGUGUAUAGUAGUUUAGAUUCAAGAUACAAUACUUCCAGUGAUUUAAAACCAUAUGAACAUCUACCAAAACAAGAAAACAGCCUAACAGAACAUCAGGAAGAUGUACCGCAUAUAGACAAUGAUUACGAUAUUGUUGUGGAAGGUUCGAGUCCGGAAAAUGAAAUCGAACUCAACACAAUUCCUCCAAAUAACUAG